GGCGCCUCGAACCCCGGACCCUCCACCUAUGGGGAGACUCUGGACCGUAUGGCGUGCUACUACCUGGUCAUCAGCUCCACGCACCUGAGCAACGGCCACUUCCGCAGCAUCAAGGGGGUCUUCAGAGGGCCCCUGUGCAGGAGCGCCGGAGGAGAGUCCCCGGAUUAUGCGGAGAAGGAGAAAGCCAUCGCCAAGGCUCUGGAGGACUUGAAGGCUAAUUUCUACUGUGAGUUAUGUGACAAGCAGUACCACAAGCACCAGGAGUUUGACAACCACAUAAAUUCCUACGACCACGCGCACAAGCAGAGGCUGAAGGAGCUCAAGCAGAGGGAGUUUGCUCGCAAUGUGGCCUCCAAGUCCUGGAAGGAUGAGCGGAAACAGGAGAGGGCUCUCAAGCGGCUGCACCGACUGGCAGAGCUACGGCAGCGCUCUGACUGUGGCCCUGGAAGCGGUCCAAAGUUCAGAACCACGACGGUCACGGCCAGAGACCAGUACGCACAGCGAAUCCCCUCCGAGAGAGACUGCAGGUCCAGCAGCCGGCCCCUGUGUCCUGUCCCCAGCGGAGCCUCUGCUGCAGUAACCCGAUGUCCCCUGGGACUCCCACUUCACAGGGAGCCACCGCAUGGUCGCAAGAAGCAGUCAGCAACGGGCCGUGACCACAGCAGCCGGAGGCUGGGUAUCUCCUUCUGCUUCUCCAGGAAGGCCCAGCUGAAGCUGGAGUCCUGUGCGUCUGUGUUCAGCGAUGGUGCUGAAGAGGCCUCCGGUGACCGGAGGGCAUUCCAGAGGCUCAGGGGAAGACGCAGCUCAGAGGCCUUCCCAUUUCGAACACCAUCCCCUGGAGAUGGUGCCGGCAAAGGCGCACACAGAGCUGAUGAUGAUAGGAAGAGGAUCACCUCUGCUAACAGGCAGGACUCUCCUGUGAUUGCUUCACCUGCCUCUCCGGAAUGCCCCGACAUGGUCUAUCAGCUGAGAGAGUUGGGCCAGAGACCUAUUUCAGAGGUGGAAUAUAAGGGCUCCCAUAGGAGCAAACGCAACUCUUCAAGAGGCACUUGUGUGCCAGAUGGACCAGCUGAGGUGGAGGCCGUCCCACACCCAAGAGCAGCCAUCGUCGCUCAGGAGCCCCUCCGGUCUCCAGGGAGUGCUGCCAUGGCUAGAAGCUGCGAGAACACAAAAGUAAACGACUCUCGUAAAUACGUAACGGAAGACUGUGCCCCUGGACAGAGACGUAUUGUAGCAGACGGCGACCUGAAUAAAAACCAGGUUUCGUUUGUGAACGUUCUCAGCAAAGAUGGGGAAGCAAUGCUGAAAUGGCCAAAGGAGUUAUUGUGUUACACAAAAUCCGAACCCUAUGUGUCCUACAGCUGCAAUCCUCUUUAUUUCACCUUCUACCGCUCGAGAAGCAAACCAAACGGAAAUGAAAGCACACGGGAAGCAGAGCCAGAUCACAGCAAUGGGGACGAGGUCACUGACAACGCGGAGGGCAAAAAUGCGACGUUUCACAUUCAAAGUCACCCAGAAAACAAGCCUGGUGUCUCCAAACCAAAGAGAGCAAAACAUCACAAAGCACGCAAAACCCAAUGUCUCAAAUCCGAUGCUGUCGGCAGGGUUGGUGCCGCUUGUAUGCAAAACGCAAAUUCCCAAAUGGAAUGCCUCGCCAGGUUCGAGGGCCCGCAAGCUGAAGCAUCACAAAACAAAUGCGAGAGAGCGAAGAGGAGCAGGCUCGGGAAGCGACAAAGAUCCUUUAAGGAAGAGACUUCAGACCAAAGCGAUACGGCAGAGCGGAGUCUAAGAAGCCUCGUACGCUCGCUUUCUGUCUCGUCAAGUAAAAAGAAAAAGCAUCAAACUGUUAACUCAGAGGAACAGAGUCUCGGAGGUGGGCCUUUUCCCGGUCCCGUCCGCUUCUCCAUGAAGAGCAGCCGUUUCAAGUGUCACCGCAUCACCAGUCACCGCAACAGAGUCAACAAGAAGCACAGGCCUGGAGGUUUCCUCUCUGACCUGAGCUCAGACAGUGAGGAGCCACCUUAUCUCAGUGGAAAGUACUCCUCGCCACCCAGGUCUUCUCACGACCUAUCACCGAAGAGAUGGAGCUACUCGAGAGAGGACAAUGGUAUGGCCAGGACUUGGUCUGGCAGUUCGGGCAGUGACACCAGCAGCAAUUUGGCCAGAGGCUGCAGGAGAAGCGCAGAUACCCACGCCUGUCACAGAAUGAGGUUCCUCUGGGAAGGAUGUUCUUGGGACACUGAUCUGGGACAAAGUGUCUGCAACAACGGCAAGGUGGAUUGGAAGAUGAGGACCAGAGGCGGGCAGAGCCCAAGCUCCUGGAGCAGCGGCAGCACCUCAGAUCUCAGCAGGGAUAACCGAAUUGAACCACAUCUCCAUCGCAUCGUCCGUAAGAGAGCCCGCAGCUUUGACGACCCACAGGUGACGUAUGUGGAUGUGAAGUCCAGCCACGGCAAAUCCAGCUCUGUCACCAGGGACGAGCCGAGCUUUGCUAAACUAUCAUUAUUCCAAAAUGUCAAGAUACCACACGAUCUUCGGGGCAAUUCCAGCGCCCUGAGCGUCAUCACAAAGGACCAGCUCAUUGCGCCAAACGUCAAUGCCACCAACCAAUCGGUGGACAAGCCUGCCAAUGACAAAAACAGCGUGAGGAAGAAGGUAAAUGGUGUUCUGUCAUUACCGCUCAUAGGAAAGUUUCCAGCUGUGAGAAGGAGAGCCAAGAGAGGAGCGGUGUCAACGGCGAAGAGUACCGUCAGUCAGAGCCAACCGGAGAGCAAAGAGAGCCCAGGGACAGCUUCGAGAGUCCAAAACCAGCUCCUGGCUCCAAGUGGCCCAAGUAUUUGUACAGAUCCUUCACAACACAACCUAGAAUCUGGAGUCGCACGGACAGAGGGGCAGUUGGGAAACCAGGUUGCGCUGUCUCGGGAAUUGUUAUCCAGGAGUCCUGUCUCCUCUAACACACCAACACGAACACACCAGAAGGAGCUCAUAGCCCCAGGACUCAAUGCAAGCUGCUGUCAAGGGCAUGCAUCUUCAGAGCCAGCGGCGAACUCCAGCAUGAGCUGCGUGCCAUUGCCCGAACCUGGCAGGCCUCUGAAGUGUAUCUCUCCGCCCCUGUCAGAGCAGCCAAUCACCUUCUCGCCAGAUGAGAUUGACAAGUACCGACAGCUGCAACUCCAGGCCCAGCAGCACGUGCAGCAGCAGCAGCAGCAGCUGUUGAGGAAGCAGGCAAGGGCACUCCCAGAAGCCCUGGGGGAGAUUCCCGAUCCAGGGCCGCCGCCUGCUUUCCACCCUACCCCUGUGCCGCCACCCAGCCCCAUCCCCACCCUCCCUCAUGCGCUCCUACCACACCGGACCCUGGCGGCCUUCACUUCCUCUCUGGCUCCACAUCCUCCCGCAGGUCUCCACCCGCUGGCCCAACCCCGCCUCGCGGCCGUCCCGCUUCCCGCGGUCGGGCCGGCUCUCUUCCCAGCCCUGUUGCCGGGACCGCCGUUGCAGCUGGUCCCAGCCUCCGCCUUCCAUCCAGCACAUGUGACCCUCCACCCCAUCCCACAUGGGCCACUCCUCCCAGCUCUUCUUGGCCCCACCCCCCUAGCUGCAGCAGCAGCUUCCGCGCUGCAUCUGCACCCCCUGCUCCAGCCCCUUUUUCCGGGGCAAAACCUCCAACCGCACCCGGGCCCCACAGCAUAGAGGAAAAACUCAAACUAUAUGAGAGAACACAGUUCCACACAUCACCUGAAACAUGGUGGGCGGGUGAGGCUUCACCGCAGAGUGACUCUAAAUCUGAGGGGACACUGUUCUCCAUGCUGCCUGGACCAGGUGGAACCAGUAGGGCUUGAACAAGCAACACAGCCAUGCAUCACCGUAAAAUCAUGCUUGAUGUUGAAGAAUCCACGUUUGUGGAAGAAGGCAAUGAUAGAUAAACCACCGACCGUGAAACCCCUACCGUAUUACGUUACCAUGAAAACCGUGCAAGCGGUCACUAUGAAUUGACUGUGAUUCAGCAGCGCUUACCAUACUCCUACCUACCUAACUUUGUCUUAGAAGCUCAGCGGAAGGAGGGAAGACAGGAGGAAAGACAGCUUGGCCUGCUUCGCACUGUAACACACCGCAACCCUGGAACGCUGCUCAGACAUUAGCUUUAGCCUACCAGUCCUUUACUAAGUUUGUGCGUCCUUGUGUGUUUUUAAUUCGUUUCCAGGUGGGGGGAGGUGGGGUAGCUCUACGGUUCAUAUCUUCAGAAACAAUAAAAACUGCACCGAUCCAGUCGGGAAUAAAGUGAUCUUCGAGUUGUUCCUCUACCAGCAGCGAUGGCUAACGAUGCAAGUUUUGGUUUGAUUUUGAGUCCUCGAAAUUUUUUGACAUCCUGCAGAAACGGUGACUUGUGCUUCAUAUUUCGUUAUGAAACGUAAGAAAUCCACAGCACUUCUGUCGGAGAAAGUGACCUCAGCGGUCCCACCGGCAUUUCCAAACUGUUCUUUUAAUUUCAGCAACACUC